GCCCUGAAAGUGGGAUUUGGUUAAGAUGGCACGUCGUCCUUUCAUUGCAUACUCGAAGCGGUUUUUAGUAAGCUUCUUCAAAGAUCGGUGCUCGUCAAGCCUGCAUCUUUCCCUCUUGUUUCCGCGCUGCUUUUUUUUCUCGACAGGGCAUGCUUGGUGUAGGAAGUGUCAGUUUUUUUAAGGGGUGGGGAGGCCGGGCUAUUCAAAGCUGCAAGUGUCCGUAAACAAUCCAUCAUGCUAACAUGGACGCGAUAAACACAUCAUAGUGAGCGACACACAUCCUCGCCAAGCCAGCCAUCAACGCAGUUUUUGGAGGGGUGGAAGAAGAAGACUGCAGAAUAUGGCGUCCCGCCUUAUAAAAAUAAGGCUGCCAUUUUUGUUUCGCUUUUGUCUGGGAAUGUUUUAAGAUGACCGUCUGGGAAUGUAAGCGCCGCGCCGGGAGCUUGUGUCCGCCCAAAAGCUGCUCGAGUACGGCGGCCAGAGGAUGGCGGAGCCUCGAUUUAACAACCCUUAUUUCUGGCCGCCACCUCCAUCCAUGCCUGGUCAGCUGGAUAACCUGGUGCUUAUUAACAAGAUCAAGGAGCAGCUGAUGGCCGAGAAGAUCCGACCACUGCAUCUGCCGCCUACCUCCACCCCUUCCCAGCAACCCUUGCUGGUGUCCGCCUCUUCCCCAGACGGUGGCGCCCAGCAGGUGCCAGGCCACCACCCGCAGCAGCAGAGCUCCGCACAAUCAGACAUUGCUUUGCACGGCCGGCCGGCCUCCAGUUCAGGAUCAGAUGGAAACAUGGACGACAAGGCAGCUGUGAAGGCCAAAGGAUUAUGGGAAGACUGGCACAUGAGACAACUGAGUGAGGAACACAUCCGCAUCAACCAUCGCUCAGGUGUGGCUCUUUCGUCCCGACCUGACAGCCACAGCACGUCGGAGGCUCUAACUCCCACGACUCCAACCUCCAGCAGCCAGAACCGCUUGGGCGGUGCCCCUUCGGUCAACAUCAUUUCUGGGCUGGCUAAUGGUCCUGGCAUGGAUCAUAUGAAGGUUGGAGGUCUAGCAGGACUGUUGGGUCCCCCGCCCAAGGCGCCCCGAGGACGUAAAAAAAUUAAAGCCGAGUCAGGUCCUCUGCUGGUGGUCCCCUAUCCAAUUCUAGCAGACCAGGGCUGCGCCACUGUGGCACCCAAAGAGGGCAAAACAUACAGAUGCAAAGUGUGCCCACUAACCUUCCUGACCAAGUCAGAGAUGCAGAUCCACUCCAAGUCCCACACGGAGGCCAAACCACACAAAUGUCCCCACUGCUCCAAGACAUUUGCCAAUGCCUCCUACUUGUCGCAGCACCUGCGCAUCCACCUGGGCAUCAAGCCGUAUCACUGCUCCUACUGCGAGAACUCCUUCCGCCAGCUCUCACAUCUGCAGCAGCACACCAGAAUCCACACCGGCGACAGACCUUAUAAAUGUGCUCAUCCUGGAUGCGAAAAGGCUUUUACGCAGCUGUCCAACCUCCAGUCUCACCAGAGGCAGCACAAUAAAGACAAACCGUACAAAUGUCCCAACUGCUACCGUGCCUACUCCGACUCAGCAUCGUUGCAGAUCCACUUGUCGGCCCAUGCCAUCAAAAACGCCAAGGCCUAUUGCUGUAGCAUGUGCGGCCGGGCGUACACCUCAGAGACCUACCUUAUGAAGCACAUGUCCAAACACACAGUGGUGGAGCACCUAGUGAACCACCAGUCCCCCCAGAGGACCGAGUCCCCCAGUAUCCCCAUACGGAUCUCUCUUAUCUGAGCCAGCUGGCGCUCAGGAGCAUUCCGAUUCAAAGUCAUUUUGAGGUGGGAGCCUGUCAGGCAGGCCCUGCACCUACCGCCAUCUACAUAAGGAUUAAGUUAGCAUUACGACAGCUGAUGUGACAGCGCUAGGGUCAAGAGUGGGACACCUCGUUCCGUCUUGAUGCAGACGUCCAGUUGAAAAGGAGCUCAGUGUUAUUUUGUGAAUGUAACAAUACAGCUAGAUGUUGUCCGGAGGAUGGAGUGGGAAAGAAUGUUUGCGUCAGAUUUAAUAAGCACUUUUGUAAGCAUCGUGUAAAAAGCCAGAUGCAUUGGCCAUCCAAAAUGUUUUUUUCCCUUCCUCCUCCAUGAAAUGGGUUUUCAGACAUGCCUGAUGAUAAUAAAAUAGACCAAUUUGUAAAAAGGUAUAUUCUGGAGAUAUCCAAAGAUAAUCUCAAAGCACCUUUCAAAGGCCUUUUCAUGUUGGCUCAAAUUGUUGAAAUUUUAUCUGAGGGGAAAAUGCCAAGAGCGCAUUUAUUUGUGGCAGCUAAGAGCACGGACUGUGUAGAAAACAAACAGUCUUUUCUGUUACCUUUUAUUUUGUUUUACUCACAUAUUUGUGCAAGGACACAUUUACAGGGUCAUCGAAAUUUUAAGAAAGGCAAUCAUAAGAUGACUGAAGCAUUUAAUGAUUGUAUUGGUUUGUUGAUGGGAGGCGGGAGGAAGUGUAAUGUUAAGGGAAGAAAAGUUCUCAUCCUCGCAAAUCCAAAUCUUUCACCUGCCCUCUGACGGUACCUGGAGAUCAUAGCGAGUGAUCAAAGUAAUACUGUGUUUUAAAUGACCUUUCCUCUCCACAUCCUACAAACUAGUGCCAUAUGUUAAAAGCCAACCUUGUAAUAUCUGUCCACUUCUGCUAAUCGGUUUAUUUUAGUGUUAGCUGCUGAGGUUUUAUUCAAUCUACCCUAAACCAGUACUCAGCCGUACUUAAAAAACACAUUUUAUUUCACUUGAGUAGCAAAUAUUAACUAACCAUUGGACCAAAAUGUGAAGAAACUGUACAGCACUCUCUCGGUAAUGAUUUUUUUCAUAAGCUUUAUUAUUUGGAAUUAACUGCAGUAUAAACAUCAUCCAUUAUGCUUACGUAUGACGCCUUCCUCUUUCAUGUUUUUUCCAUUUGUAUUAUUUUUACUGUACACAGUAUUCUUUGUUGUGUUUUAACCUCUGGAUGGUACUAAUACUUCUUCAGGGCACUUGUGUAAAGGGUGCUAUGGCGAGGUGUAGCGUCCGAAAAGGAAGAGCAAACAAUAUAUAAAACAGUAAACCGCAAGAGUCAAAGCACAGGCUUGGACACUAUGGACACUUAAUGCCAACGACAAACAAGAAAGUUCUGAUUAACUUUAUGUCUGGACAUCAUGGGGGCAUGUCCAUGUUGCUGGACUGCAGAGAUAUUCAACUGAUACCAGACCAGCCUGUGGAUUCAGUUCAAAACGUGGGAGAGACGAACAUUUUUGCAGCAGUUUCAUAAAAACACCAGAGUUUCAUAAUACGGAGGAUCUUUGACUUUUUCUUUGCUUUUUUUUGCAGGAGGUCUUUUAAAACCGCAGUGAACCUGUGUAAACAUAUUGCUUGUGUUUUAAUUUAUGACUACAUCAGCCAUUUGGUGAAGUAAACUUUUCAUGUGUGGCAGAUCCUAACAUUGACAUUAUAUACCAAGAACGAUAACAGUGAAGGGAGAAGUCCAGCCCCCGGUCUUGAGCUUUCGGAAAAUGUGGAACGAUUUAGUUGAAUAGCCCUGCUGUACUAUUUAACAACUUACUCAUUUGUAGUAUAUAUUUGUAAAGGUUUAAUAAAUACACUAUGUGGACAAAAGUAUUUUGACAAACACUUUGUGCUGGCAUUACUGUAAGUAUACAAACCUUAUUGACCUCAAGACGUGUGGGACAAUGCCUAUGCUCCCAACCUUGUGGGAACACUUUAGCACUAACAUGAUGGUGCCCUAGUGUACAAAGCAAAGUGGAGAGCCUUCCAAGAAGCAUGACAAACGUUGGUGGCCAAGUACUUUUGUCCAAAUGGUGGAUAUUUUUUUGGGAGAGGAAAAAAACAUUUAUGACCUUUUAGAUAUUAAUCAUGUUUUAUAUUGGUUAUUUACAUGUAAGCCUUAACUGUUCUAUCAUGACAUUUCCAUUUCUCUGUAUUGCUUUCUGCAGUAUUCACUUAUUUUUUUUCCUCCAUUUUCCCUCCCGCAUGGAGCUGUAAUCUGUAUAACUACUUCACCUGAGUUCUCUAUGGAAAAAAAAUAUUGUGUAGAUUUAUUAAACCUUUUCCUGUCUUGCAUUGUGGGUUCAUAUACGGUUUCUAGACAACUAAAUAUGCACAACCGAGACUGAGAAGUUAACCCACGGGUUAGCAAUGUUUGAAAGGAAAAAAAAAUUAAAAAACCUUUGUAUCGUUACCUUGUUUAAUAAAGAGACUGUUAUAAAUUC